CGACAAUAUACGAGGUUUCAACUUCUUUGUAGAAAUGGAUUGGUGGUGAUAUUCGCCUUCUCGCUCUGAUUCGUUUUUUGCUUUCUUCCUUCACCAAAACAAGACAGUUUCUCUUCACGUAUUCGUCUCUGGUGAUUUGAUCAGGCUUGUGGAGAAGUCUGUGAAGCUCUGUCGGGUACCAUGUCUGAACAGUUUAUGGUUAUGGGUAAAGUUAACAAAGAAAUGAGCAAAGCAAAGGAAUCUGCUUGGUUAGGUCGUUGGACUCAGUUAGGUAAUGAAGUGAAGUUUCAUGAUCAUGGUAAUGGUGGUGGCUCUAAGGAGUUGAUAAGGUCUGAAGGUGAUGUCAAAGAGAGAAAUUGUGGCCAAGGAGUCGAAGUCUUGCCGUUUCCUAUGUUCAAGGUUUCUCAGAAGAGAGAUAAUACUACAAAGGUAUUGGAAACCAAAGACGAUAUGGGUUCAAGCUCGAAAGCUAUGGCUGCUAAUAAUAAAUUGCCUUGGAUGUAUGCUCAAGGAGAUAAUAACAAUAUUCAAGAAAAGACUACACAGAACCUGCUUGAGUUGAUUAGACCAGUUAGGUUUUACGCAACUGUUGAUUCGGUUCAAAGAGUUUCUGGAGGGAUCAACUUGCCAGAAGAAGAUGGUCGUCAUCAGCUACUGAAGGGUUCCAUGAAACUCAAAGGGAAGAUUCUUGGUGGGUAUCUUAAUCUGUUUCCUAAUGUAGAUCACCAGCAUAAGGGAGGGGUUAGGCUGGAAUCUCUGGAAUCCUCCAAGGAUACCCAAGAAGGGAAGAAUGAAUCAUCUGCGGAGACUGAUACAAUGGAAAUGGAUAGACUUCAAAUGAUGCAUCUUUCUGGUAUAUUGAAAACUUAAGAUACAUGUUUUGUAAGGUCUCGCCAUUUGUUGUUUGCUCUGUUUAUUCGCAUACUUUUCUGAUUCUCUUUUUUCUUGGCAGGCUCCAUUGCUUCUUCC